GCGUCGCGACGUCGCUGCUCGGAGGCCUCAGUGUGCCGCGUAUCGUCCGAUGUGCGUCGCGUAGCGUUAGUUCCGUGCGUUCGAAGUUGCUUGCCGCGCGCGAUCAAGACAUGUGACGAGAAGAGAUUAGAAAAUGACGAGCAGAAUCGCCGCGAUCCCUGGCGCACGGAAGUGGUUUGGUCUACAAUGCAGAAUUAUUUUUCACAAAUUACCUGAAUAAAGUAAAAGGACUAGGUUAAAUCUGAGUUGAACGCAAUUAAAGAAUCUUACUUCAGAAGUUUCGUCCCCGAGGCAAAACAAUUUCUCAUAAAUUCCACCAAGUACAACGUGUUCCUAUGUGAAAUUAAUUUCCAACGAACCCGGACAAUCCAAAAUUGUAGCUAAAAAUUUCAUCGAGGUGUUCCAUGCACCACGAGAAUUAUUCAAAACGGUUCGUCGAGCAGCCCCUUUCGUUAUCCCGCGAUUAACACUAGCGACACCACAUGUUGCUUCAGAAUUCACGUAUCGUCGACGCGAGCCUCUCGAGCGCAACGCGAGGGCAAGAGGGUCAAAGGUGUGCUACAGUGAACCUAACCGGCAAGUCAAAACAGUGUCCGAGUUCCACGGAAGUUUGAAUCGAAGACUGAAUCUGUGUCAGACGCGGGACGCUUGCGAAACGUUCCCACGCGUGUGAAUCUGCGUGGGUAUACCCUGCGACGGGGGUUAGACGUUACAAGAAUAAUUAAACGCUUCGGUGACCUCGUGGUUUCUGAGAGGAGGACUCUCGGACGACCUGGUGAAUUCGCCCCAGGCGGUUCUCGAGGUGUGCUCGAGAAUCUCGAUUGCUUCAAAGGGCUGGGAGUAUCUCGCAAAAGUGUGCACGGAAGACUAAAAGGACCAAGCUGGUUUGAAGCGCUGAGAAUCUGUUGAAACAUUGAAAGUUCGGUCGGUGAUACCCUCGAGGUGGCAAUUGAUUCCGAAGCGGAGUGCGGUGAAAGGUUGCGUGGAAGAUAACAAGUAGGACUGUUCUGGAGGCCUGAUCGUUCUUGUGGAAUCGUUUCGUAGACUGUGUCGGGAACUGCGUUGGAGAACUCGAGGUAGACGCCAAGAUGGCUGAGAUCUCGCUUCGCAGGAAGACCAGAUCAGCCUCGAUCUGCGCCCCAGGCUCAUCCAGCAUGGAACAAAUGCUGGAGGGGAUGCCUCCCUCGGGCGCCAGAGACAGAGAUAAGUCGGACAGGGAGAAGGAUAGCGGCAGUGGCACACCUGAUAGCAGCACACCUACCAGAAGGCGCAGGCCCGCCACGAGGUCCCAGAGUGCUCGUGUUUCCGGCGCGAAUAAGAGCAUUCGACGUCGAGCGGCCGCCCAAGCUGCUCAACACCACCAUCACUACCACGAGGGCACGGUUAAAUCUGCUCACUGCAGCAGCGAGCCCAGAUUGACUGACAAUGACAUCAGCCCUGGCCUCAGAAGAAGAGGAAGUCGAAGAGGGCAGAGCAUGCACCAUAGUCAUCAUAGGAAAAGCAAUGCAUUUUUGGACGUUCCUGACACGUCGUCGCAGAUGCCAUCGAGGGAAGAUGGCGAGGACGAGGACAGUUAUAGGCUCAGGAGUUUCAGCCUUACCAGCAAAGGUGUCAUCAACCGAGGCGACUCUUUCAGAAGAAGAAGAUCAAGGUCGAAUUCCCUUGCACCUGCCGAUCCAGAAAACGAAGAGAAGCUUGCUGCACCUGCGAAAGAAGUUGUUUCGUACGCGGUGGCGAUGUUGGGUGCAAGGGGUGUCGGAAAGACCGCCCUGAUCAGCCAGUUCAUGACCAGCGAAUGUAUAAAUGCAUACGACAGACAAAGAGACGUACCCAGUGAACAGUCUGUUUUCGUGAUGCUGAACGGCGAGGAGAGCGAGCUGAGAUUCUUGAACAUUACGAAUCCAAAGACGGAACUGGAGAACAUACACCCCGACGCUUUCAUCGUUAUGUAUUCUGUGAUCGACAAGGCGUCCUUCCAAAGGGCUGAAGAGUACCUCGAGCGCCUUCACGAUCAGGACCUCCUGCGAGGGAAAUCGGCCAUACUGGUUGGUAACAAGGUGGAUCUGGUCAGAUCCAGGGUGGUCUCUUCUCAAGAUGGCAAGUGCAUGGCGUGUACCUAUCGGGUGAAGUUCAUCGAGAUCUCUGUGGGCAUAAACCAUAACGUGGACGAUCUUCUGGUCGGCAUUCUACAUCAGAUACGGCUGAAGAACGUGCAGGGUAGCGCAGAGAAUCGAACCGCGAACGGCGGGACAGAGGGUGGAGGGCACUGGUACAAAUCCAGGGGUAUGGUACGUGCCAGCAUGAAGGCUAGACAAAUGUUGACCUGGCUGUUCGGGGCCAAAUCGAGGGGCUGUCAAAUUAAUGAAACGCUAUGUUGCGAGUUAGGUUAGGUUAACGACGACGUUAAGACCAGGUGAAGACCAAUUCAAAGGCAACACGAUGCAUGAGGUGACGAGGUGAAAGGGGUGAGAAGUUAUAGAGAGUAAUUAAAUAGGAUUCUAAGUGAAAAUGGGGGCAUUAAAUUGAAGGUGAUUUAAUUUGUUGGAUGAGGAAUUGUUGGAGACUAGGAUUUGAAGAAACAGUAAGAGAGAAUUAAAGGGAAUUGUAACGAUAAGUUAAAUCGUGGCAUUAACUUUGGCUUCGAGUAGUAAAAGUUUGGCAAUAUAGGUACCAAGUCGGGAAGACUUUUGGCUCAAUUGGGAUAGAUUAAAGUGUGAUAAUUAGCAGAAAAAAGUUUGACAAUUCCUUCAAACAAAUUUGAAAGUAUGAAAUCGUUGUUCAAGUGAUGCUAAUAAUGUAAUUAUAUUUUGUUUCGGCGAGGAAAACAACACUUUAAGAAAUUUAAGAAGGAGUGAAGGGUUUAAUUAAAAUUUUUACAGUCAAAGAAAUUUGCAAAGAACGAUGAGUAGGCAUUUCUUGUUGAAAUUCUAUUUUGUCACGUUAUAGGACAUAAAAAACCAUAAAACUUUGUAUUGAAAUUUGUUUCCAUGACUUUCAUAGUUUUGAAGAUAUAUACUGUAAUAUGGAAAAUUAAAAUUUCUUUUAGAGAGAUGUUUUUGUACCUAGGAUUGCUUAAUAGCCAAAAAUAAAAAUUUGUUAACAAAGUUAUGCCAAAGGUAUGUGUCUUGUAGAGAUAUUAAAUCAGAGACAAUAUUAAAUUUAAAAUCCUGUUAAACUUGAUUGAAAUAUAUAAUUUUAUCUAAAUACAAUGUUAACGAUAUCUCAAACUGUAUUAAAUACGAAAUAAAUCUUUCAUGGGACACGUGAGAGCUAAAUCAAAUUAUGUGAAAGCAAUCGAAUCAAAAAAGAUAUUACUUCGAAGAUGACAUGAAAAUUGGCAUACAUAAGGUAUCGUGUAAUGAAUGGUACAAUCUAAAUGUAUACGAUUCUGCAAUAAAAAAUAAAUACGAAAUGUGGAAUAAAUUUUUUUUAUAUGGAGUUUUGUUUCUGAGAAGUAAUAUUUAUAGCUAUUUAUAAUUAAUUGCAAAUUUUAUGUACAAAUGUAAUAUAUGUCCACGUCAAUGUUAAACAAAAUUUAAUCGAAUGAGCAUGUCCCAAAUAUGUUUCAAGAUUAAAUUUCAUUAAACAUCGUAUGAAGAAAUUUUAUUGCAGGUUUUGAAUUUGUUCUUAAAUGUAGAAUUCCUGCUUUCUGAUUAUAUCAUUCAUUACAGGUCACUCUGUAUAUAUGUAGAAUGAGGUACUGAAAAUUGAUCAAUUAAAUAACUCAUUCACUUUUAGUUAUAGAAAAAUAGUAUCUCAAACAAAACUUGCUUGGUACGAACAAUUUAUAAUUCAAAUUUUUCUUUUUAAUGAAAAUGAAAGUUUAUUUUGUAAAUAAAUAAUAAUCAGGUAACCAAACAAUCAAUGUUCUCACAUCUACAUAAAAAGAAGAUGACUUAAUGUAAUAUUAUAAUAAUAACGGAUAUUACAAAUUUGUUGUUAUGUUAUACCGUUCUUGAAAUCGAACGAGUUGUUCAAAUGACCAGUCUUGAAUGUCUCAGUCUGUGCGUGAAGGGGUAAAUGAAUUUUUUAAUUUUUGUUAUCACAGUAACGACGCCUUUUUCGACUCAACGUGUACCAUCAGACCAUCUCGUUGCAGUGCUGCCAUUAUGAAUAAAGCCGAAAUAAAAAUAAUAAGAUAUUAAAGCAGCACUCCGUGUGCUUAAUAGGGCAGUUUGGUAUUUUAGACCAAAAAUUGCUACUUAUUUAUAAUUUUCAUAUUAUAGGAAGGUAUGAUUGCUCUUAAAAAUAUGUAAUAUCCAUUCUACAUAUCAACGUAAAUCGAAAAGUCCUCUUUCAUUUUACAAUACGAAACUUCGUCAUCGAGAUGUAAACAAUUGAAGUUUUCCCGCGCGACCAUUACGAAUUCGUGUUCUUAGCGUGUGACUGCGACAAAAAUGGCGCGCACCAAAAACCACAUUAGUAAUCGUUAUUAGAUUAUAUCUUGACAAGGAAGCUUUGCAUUAAAAAGCGGUGAAGGACUUUUCUACUCCUUUCUGCACGAAGAAUUGAUUUUCAAACAAGGUUCCUCAUUUUUAUUAAUACUUUACAGAUAAUUCAAUUCAACGUCGUAUAAUAUUAUGAAUUAUUUGAAUUUCACUACGAUCUUUGCAUGACGUCGAGUCCAGAAUCCAAAUCCUUCAAAGAAUGUUGAAAUAAGAAAAAUCACAAUUUUGUUCUGAAAUGACCAGACUGCCUUCUUAAGUGGGAAUGGUUCCUUCGCCGGCAAUUUGUUCGUCGUGCACCGAACGAGAGCCAAGUAACGAUGUUAUUCGUCGACUAAGUUGCUCUAGUCCGUAUUAGUUGCGAAGACACAACCAACAUCAUCGGUUAUGCGUCUUCGUCGUCGUUUAUUGUUACUUUUUAUAUUGAACGAUCGCGAGGCGUGGGCGCGUACGCGAGUCAGCCUCGCAAGGAUUCUGUUCGGACAGGGCGCGUCACAAUCGACGAGGACCUUAAAGUAAACAAAACAAGAAAUUUUUAUCAAGUGCCUUUGUGUAUUUUUGUAAUUUAAGCUAAACUCGAUGUAAGUCUUACAAAAAUACAACCAGUGUGACCAGCAAGAUACCUAUGUCGAUACGUGCAGCGCAGCGCGCGCUCGCUUUUCUUCAUUUUUCAUACGUUUCGCGCGAAAUUGUUACGCGCAUCGACGACGCGUCUGUCUUCCGUUUCUUCUUUCUGUUCUGUUUUCGUUCCCUGUUGUUUCUCUUCUUUCAUCGCCACUGGUUUCUUCUUCCUCGUUUUUCCCCAGUUACCGUCUAGAGAAGGAUUUUAAGGACAGUGACGACCAGAGAUGGACAAAAUCCUCCUCUAGGUUAACAAUUUUUAGUCGUUAUUUCUAGAAGAAAAAUUAUAGAUUGCAUAGAGAAAAAUGAAUCGUGAAUUUGAAUCGUGAUGCUUCAGGUUGUUUUUGUUAUAUAGUAAAAGAAUGUUUCAGAUAAAGAUUAAUUGGUGCAAUGGGCCUUCAAAAGUAUCCUCUUUUCAUGAAGAAGUUCUCUUGUAUUAUUCUAUGUAGUACUAUCCAUUAUCCUCUUUAUAUUAUUAAAGUAACACACGAUCUUGAAUUGAUUUUCAAAUAAUGCACGAUAUUGAAUUGCUUUUUUGAAUUUAAAAAGCCAAAAUGAUACCAUUGAAAAAAUAUGAAAAUAGGAUUCUUCCAUACCAAUAAAUGUUUCAGUUGAUAACCAACUUGUACUUGGAGCAUCAUUAUCUUAAGCUAUCAGAAUCUGAACUAUUGAUACUAAAAUUACCAAACCAGUCAAUUUACCUUACCUACUUCAAAUUUAUUUCUAAAAUCGUUUUAUUAUUAACCAUGCUUUUACAGCAAUUGUUUAGGACAAUCAUUGCAACAGAGAAUUCGUAAAUUAAUUUGCUCCUUUUGUCUCUAAUUACAUAGAUAUAAGUAUGCGUUGACCUCGGUAGUUUUAGUGAUAAAAGCUCACUUCUAAAAUUGUUCAAUGAAAUAGAAGUCACGAAUAAAAAUCAUGCAGAACUUUCAUUCGUCAUUCGUUGUUCAAAUAAAAUUGCGCCUAUCUCUGGCUGACAACGCGUCGUGUGAGAUCUCUUAAGGACAACGUUGCGUCAACCGAUCGACUUCCUUUUUCCUGCCACCACGUUCAUUCGAUGUUCCCGUUACGGUUAGCUUUUGUCUGGAUAAUUAUCAAUGUAUGUAACGCUAUAAUGUUAGAUCGUGUCUGUUCGUUGAAACGUGUGACGUGACAAUACUGCCAUCUCUUCGGUUGACAGAGAUACGAGGGGAUACGAUUAGGUGCCGAUCGCGCGCGUAAGCGAACGAAGAAUUGGUGGAUCCGAUGAAUCGAGGGUGCGUCCUUUUAGCCGAAUAUUUUAAUGUAAGAUAACCUGUCAUCCAAGGAAGUCUGACGAAUGGUUCUAAUCCCCGAGGGAUUAUUGUACAUCAGUAAUAAUAAAGA